AAUUUAAGUUGAGAGAAAGUGCGGGUCUCUCCUCACAAGACUUGCUGUUAUUUAGCUCAUUUAUAAGGAUUUAAUUGUUGUCAUUUCCAAAAACUGCUUGAGGCUGAGUGGGAUUGUUUUUGGAAAAUAGACCAAAGGAUGGACGCCAGAUUGGAGCAUACUGCGCAGAAAAGGCAAGUGCUUAUUCUUUGCGUAAUUCUGGGAAUGUCUUGGGCUAUCACGGAGCCGCUUCAUUAUUUUGUGGUGGAGGAAACUGAGAGAGGCACUUUUGUGGCCAACCUAGCAAGAGACUUGGGUUUGGGGGUGGAGGAACUGUCAGCCCGAGGAUCUAGAAUUGUUUCCGACCAAAAUGUAGGCUUUUUACUGAUUAAUCCGAUGACUGGUGAUUUACUCCUAAAUGAGAAACUGGACAGAGAGGAGCUGUGCGGCUCAAAAGAGCCCUGUGUAGUUCCUUUCCAGUUAAUACUAGAAAAGCCAUUUCAGAUUAUCCGUGCUGAACUAGAGAUCAGAGAUAUCAAUGAUCAUUCCCCAGUAUUCCUAGACAGGGAAAUUCUGUUGAAAAUAUCAGAAAGUGCCACUCCAGGGACCACAUUUCUCCUAGACAGAGCACAGGACGCAGAUGCUGGAAACAACAGUCUGAGAAACUAUACUAUAAGCCCCACUAGUUAUGUCCACAUUAAUGUGCAUGAUGGCGAGCAGGGAAAUAUCUUUCCUGAACUGGUACUGGAUCGGGUGCUGGAUCGCGAGAGGAUGCCUGAGCUUAGACUAACCCUCACGGCCUUCGACGGGGGCUCUCCACCCAGAUCAGGGACCACUCUGGUACACAUCCUAGUGGUAGACAUAAAUGACAACACCCCUGAAUUUGGGCAGUCCCUCUACAAAGUCAAGAUACCCGAGAACAGCCCGGUGGGUUCUCUGGUUAUCACCGUGCCAGCUAAAGAUUCAGACACAGGAAGUUAUGGGGAAAUAGUGUAUGCAUUUUUCUAUGCCACUGAAAGAAUUCUCAAAACGUUUCAAAUCAACUCAACGUCUGGCAGUCUUCAUCUUAAAGCCAAAUUGGACUAUGAGGAAAUUCAGACUUAUACAUUAACUAUCCAGGCCAAAGACGGCGGUGGACUUUCUGGAAAGUGUACCGUAAUUGUUGAUGUAACAGAUAUAAAUGAUAAUCCACCGGAACUUCUCCUGUCAUCACUAAAUAGUCCUAUUGAAGAAAACGCACCAGAAACAGUCGUUGCUCUUUUUAGGAUUAGAGACAGAGAUUCAGGGAACAAUGGGAAAAUGUUGUGCUCUAUCCACGAUGAUCUUCCAUUUGUCCUGAAGCCAUCUGUGGAAAAUUUCUAUACUCUGGUAACAGAGAAACCUUUGGAUCGGGAGUACAUCAGGGAGUACAACAUCACCAUCACUGUCACCGACUUGGGGACACCCAGGCUCAAAACCCAGCACACCAUAACCCUGCAGGUCUCCGACGUCAACGACAAUGCCCCCACCUUCACCCAAUCCUCCUACACCCUCUUUGUCCCAGAAAACAACAGCCCCGCCCUGCUCAUAGGCACCAUCAGCGCCACAGACAGAGACUCAGGCUCCAAUGCCCAGGUCACCUACUCGCUGCUGCCGCCCCAACACCCGCACCCGCACCCGCAGCCGCAGCCGCAGCCGGACCCCGCCUCGCUCGUGUCCAUCAACGCCGACACCGGGCAGCUGUUCGCGCUGCGGGCGCUGGACUAUGAGGCCCUGCGCGCCUUCGAGUUCCGCGUGGGCGCCGCAGACCGAGGCUCGCCCGCGCUCAGCAGCGAGGCGCUCGUGCACUUCAGAGGGAAGUAUCCUCACAGGAAGCUGUACCACGCAAGAACAAUGGAAACUGGAGGGAAGCUCCUGAGCAGACAAAGGCAAGUCCUUUUUUCCUUUUUCCUACUGGGUUUUUAUCUGGCGGGAGCGGUGAAAUUCAGACGCUAUUCUGUGGUGGAGGAAAUGGAGGGCAAUACCUUUGUAACCAAUAUAGAAAAGGACCUGGGUCUGGGUCAGAGGGAGCUCUCCAGAAGGGGGGUAAGGGUCAUUUCCAAAGGGAAUAAACUGCACUUGCAGCUCAAUCAGGAGACUGGGGAUUUAUUGAUAAGCGAGAAACUGGACCGAGAGGAAUUGUGUGGGCACAUAGAGCCCUGUGUACUGCGUUUCCAAGUGUUGCUUGAGAGUCCGUUAGAAUUUUUCCAAGCUGAGGUACAAAUAAUAGACAUUAAUGACCACUCUCCUGAAUUCCUGGAAAAAGAAAUGUUGCUUAAGAUAUCAGAGAGCAGUGCUCUUGGGACUACGUUUCCACUGAAGAAGGCUCAGGAUAUGGAUGUAGGACCAAAUAAUAUCAAGAACUAUGUAUUAAGUCCCAACUCUUAUUUUCGGGUUCUCACCCGCGAAGGCAGCGAUGGUGGGACAUAUCCUGAACUGGUACAGGACAAAGCUCUGGACCGAGAGAAAGAAGCUGAACUUAGGUUAACGCUCACAGCACAUGAUGGUGGCUCUCCACCCCGGUCUGGCACUGCUCAGGUCCACAUAGAAGUGGUGGACACAAACGAUAACGCUCCUGAAUUUGAGCAGCCUCUCUAUAAGGUGCAGAUCACUGAAGACAGUCCCAAAGGUUCCCUGGUUGUCGUGGUCUCUGCUACAGAUGUGGACAUAGGAAUCAAUGCAGAGAUCUCCUAUUCACUCUUCCAGGCUUCGGAGGACAUUAGUAAAGCUUUUAAGAUCAAUCCCUUGACGGGAGAAAUUCGACUGAUGAACCAACUUGACUUUGAAAGAAUUCAGUCGUAUGAAGUCAAUGUUGAAGCAAAAGAUACUGGAAACUUUGCUGGAAAAUGCACAGUUCUGAUCCAAGUCCUGGAUGUGAACGACCAUGCUCCUGAGGUCACUAUGUCUGCGCUUAGCAAUUCUAUCGCUGAAAACUCACGUGAGACAGUGGUUGCAGCUUUCAGUGUUUCAGAUCUUGACUCAGGAGAAAACGGGAAAAUACACUGCUUCAUUCAGGAUCAGGAUCUACCCUUCGUGCUGAAAUCUUCAGUGGAAAAUUUUUAUACACUACUGACAGAGAGCCCCCUGGACAGAGAGAGCAGAGACGAAUACAACAUCACCAUCACUGUCACCGACUUGGGGACACCCAGGCUCAAAACCGAAUACAACAUAACCGUGCAGGUCUCCGACGUCAACGACAACGCCCCCACCUUCACCCAAUCCUCCUACACCCUCUUCGUCCCAGAAAACAACAGCCCCGGCCCCUUCCCUGCCCACCUGGUGGACGUCAGCGGCACGGGGACGCUGUCGCACUCUUACCAGUAUGAGGUGUGUCUGAGGGGAACCUCCGACAGCAACGAAUUUACAUUUCUGAAGCCAGCUUUAGUUAAUGUGCCUAGUCAUUCCACUGGGCCAGAAAUGGAAGAAAACCUCCAUUAUCGGAAUAACCUAGAUUUCAAUCUUCAGUUAAAAUAGUCGUGUUUUAGUCCAUAUUUUAAUUUUGUGAUAAAUUCAAAUUUAUGGGGUUUUAUCAGUUAAAUUAUAUUAAACUAGCUCCUAGAUUUAUGUUGUUGCUGUUUUUACAAUUGGCAUCCUGCUGGGGAUAUAGAUCACUUGGUGUAGUACUGUCUUUGCAUGUGUGCCCUGGAUUUGAACUCCAACACUAUGUGAAAGA